AUGAAAAACCAGGACCUGAUCUUCUCAAACAGGCCCCAACUCAGCAUUGCGAGGCCGGCUGUUCUACAACAACCGAGAUAUGGCGUUCGCACCGUAUGGAGAACACUGGCGGCAGAUCCGCAGCAUAUGCGUGCUUCAUCUUCUGAGCAACAAAAGGGUUCAGUCCUACCGCGGCGUGAGGGAGGAAGAAACUUCCCUCAUGGUGGAGAAGAUCAGAAGGUUGGGUGCUUCUUCAAGCCCGUGAACUUGAGCGACGUCAUUCAGUCUUUGACGAUCGAUGUGAUUUGUAGGGUGGCGCUUGGGAAGAAGUAUAGCUUGGAGAGUGAUUUCAAGGAGAUUUUUGGUGAGUUUGGGGAGCUAGUGGGGAUUUUACCUUUGUGGGAGUACAUUCCAUGGCUGAGAUGGAUGAGAAGGUUUGAUGGUUUGGAUAAGAGAAGAGAGAAUGCAAGUCGCAGCCCUAUUGAAGAUGACACUAUCAAAGCUAUCGUUUUGGAUAUGUUUGCUGCGGGAACUGAUACUACAUAUACAACUCUUGAGUGGGCGAUGACAGAGCUGAUACGAAAUCCAGAAACAAUGAAAACUUUGCAGAAUGAAGUAAGAGUAGCUGGAAAUAAGGAUGAAAUUGAUGAGCAAGACUUGGAUAAAAUGCCUUAUCUGAAAGCAGUGAUAAAGGAGAGUCUAAGGUUGCAUUCGCCGGGACCAUUGUUGCUCCCUCGUGAAUUAACUCAAGACACAAGAGUAUUGGGCUAUGAGGUCGCAUCUGGUACGCGUGUGAUGAUUAAUGUUUGGGCGAUUUCUAGGGACCCGUCAUUGUGGAAAAAUCCUGAGGAAUUUUCGUCCAGAGAGAUUCCUUGA